AUGACCCAACACCUCAAAGCUCGUCUUCUUCAUGGCACCACUCGAGGCGGCGCACACAAUGAAAAGAGGUGGGUUAUCAAAAAUUGCGCCAGGGUUGGCCCCGAAGGACAAACCAGAACGGUCGACGCCACGGUGUGCAAUGCAGGUCUCCCGUUCUCCGGCUCCGUCUUCUUGAUCACGGAACUCGGCCAACAAGGCGCACAGGACAUUACCACAGUGGAGAACAGCUCGUCGUCUGCAACUAGGCCUAGCGGGGGCACCUCUAGUUCUAGACAUCACCAGCCCGAGCAUUCAGGAAGGAAGGUUUGUUCAGACACAGACAUGAUUGAUAUUAAACUAGACUAGAAGCUUGAUGCUGUAUGCUACAUUUCUCUGUCUGCGAUUAGUUACCAAAAGAUAGCCUGUAUGCCCGCCCUUAGAUGCCCUGCAGCAUCUUGGGUAGAAUGGUGUCGGUAGCGUUCCAAAGCAUGGCAGCAUUGUUAUUCAUCCAGUAAGCUCCCGUGUACCAAGUCGACCGGAGGCCCUGCAGCUUGUUUGCCUGGUUGAUGAUGCCGGCACGGAGCUGCUCGGGAGUCCAGCGUCGGUACAGAAUACCAUGAUCCGAGAAUGCUUCAAACUUCAACUGGUUCGCAUCUCCCUUGGGCACGGUUCCAGCCUCCAUGAGCCUCUGCAGCGAACCGCGCACGAUGGUCUGCGCAUCUUGGAAAGUGGUCUCGUUUUGCGCGAUGACCAGGGAUCGGAAG